AUGUCGACCUGGCAAACGGAAGCCCUUAAGGCCAAAACCACUCUGCAAAGCUCCAUCCCGACGCAAUGGCUUCUCCCCGAAGACAAACUGCCUCCAUCCGACCAGAAGAACGUCGCUGAUUUCCCCAGAGCCAGCGGACUGUUGACCGACAGGGAACUGUCGAUCACGGAGAUGUCUGCCACAGCCCUGGUUGCCGGGAUGGGGGCUGGACGAUUCAGUGCCGAAGAGGUGGUGGUUGCGUUCUUGAAGAGGGCUGUUCUGGGGCAUCAGUUGCUGAACUUCGCGACGGAGUUCAUGGCAGACAAAGCCAUUGCUAGGGCCAAAGAGCUGGAUGCGUACUACCGGCGCACAGGGAAGUUAGUUGGUCCCUUGCACGGAGUCCCAAUCAGCGUGAAAGAACAUAUCGGCAUCAAGGGCCUGACCUGCAAUGGCGGCUACGUAGCAUGGGUAAACGACAUCGCGCCAGAAGACGCCCUCAUCCUACAAUGUCUUCACAAAGCAGGCGCUAUUUUCCACGUUCGGACAAACCAACCUCAGUCGCUCAUGCACCUCUGCUGCAGCAACAACCUCACCGGCACGACGACAAACCCCUACAAUCGCACCCUCACGCCGGGCGGCUCGUCCGGCGGAGAAGGCGCGUCAAUGGGCUUCAAAUGCGCCCCGCUAGGCGCGCCCGAGCCCGGCCAGGAGGCCAUCCUAGGCGUUGUGGGACCGCUGGCGGCGCAGAGUCUGGAUGAUCUGGAGCUGUUCCAGAGGGUGGUUCUCGAUGCAGAGCCGUGGGAUGUCGAGACCUCCUUGGUUCCUCUUCCAUGGAGGAGGGUGAAGGAGAACAGAGAGUUCACCGUGGGAAUCAUGUGGGAUGACGGGACGGUCCGUCCGCAUCCGCCGAUCAUUCGAGCACUCAAAGCUGCCAGAUCCAAACUGCAAGCAGCCGGCAUCAAAGUCGUAGACUGGGAUCCUUAUAAGCACGCCCACGGCUGGGACAUAAUCUCGAAACUCUACUUCCCCGACACAGCAAGCUCGCAAAAAACCCUCCUGUCGCAAACCAACGAACCAAUCCUGCCACUAACAGAAUGGGCCUUUUCCUACGCGCACCCGACGCCAUUAUCCAUCGCCGAAGCCUGGGCCUUGAACGUCGCCCGCGACGAAUACAGAGACGAAUACCAUGCGCGGAUGAAAGCCAUGGAUGUGGAUUUCAUUCUGUGUCCGGCCUAUGUGGGCGUUGCGCCUGACUUGUAUGAGGCGCAGUAUUGGAACUACACGGCUGUGUGGAAUGUCCUCGAUCUGCCGGCGGUGGUGUUUCCUUCCGGGAUGGCGGUUGAGGAAGGGGAUGUCGGGGGCAAGGAGGGCUGGGUGGCGAGGAACGAGGUGGAGGAGAGGGAGUGGAGGAAGUGGUGGGUGGAUCCUGGUCGGUUUGUAGGGGCUCCUGUGGGCUUGCAGAUGGUCGGGGGACAUUUCAAAGACGAGGAGACCAUCGCAGCGGCGAAAGUGGUUGAGGAGGUGGUUCGGGGGUCGGAGGGAGGAAGGGCUCGAUUGUGA